GCGCGCGCUUCUCUCUCUGUCGCGCGCACGGUCAAGUGCAUCGCGUUGUUAUUUUAUGCUGAAACGGUGAAGAUGGCGAUGUGCGUGGCGCUCCGGUGCGUUUCAGCAAACUUUUCGGCAGUGUUUCCCCUGCUCGCCAGACCGGCACACAAGUCGACGUGCCAAUUUUUUCAGGGAUCAAACGUCCUGAGGACGAUAUACGCGAGCGCGCGGCACUCGGGAGCUUUGAAGUUUACAGACAAGCAUGAGUGGGUACGAGUCGAGGGUGGCAUAGGUACGGUUGGCAUCAGCAACUUUGCUCAGGAAGCAUUAGGCGAUGUUGUCUACUGUGGGCUUCCAGAAUUGGGAACAAAGCUUGAACAAAUGGAGGAGUUUGGUGUUUUAGAAAGUGUCAAAGCUGCGAGCGAGUUAUAUUCACCACUUACUGGAGAGAUAACCGAAAUCAACACAAAGCUAGCAGAUAGCCCUGGACUAGUAAAUACAGACUGCUACGAAGGUGGUUGGUUAGUUAAGAUGACCCUAGAGAAACCUGCAGAACUUGAUGCCCUCAUGGACGAAGCUGCUUAUGAAAAAUUUGUCAAAUCCCUUGAUUCAUAAAGAUGUUAAAACACAUUUGAUAUUAACACUACAGAGUCUUUAAUAAUUAAUAAUGGACACUUUACAAUGUCAGUGUUAGUACUAAUACAAAUCUUUGAAAGGUAUUUAUUUCAAUUAUCUAAUUUCUUCCCAUGCCAAAAUAAUAUUUUGUAUUGUGGUAGUUUAACUAAACUUUGUAUUUUGUGGUUUUAAAAGCCAAAUAUUUGAAAGGGCUUAUGCAUACAAUUUGAGGUGCUUUACAUGGACUACAGGUUCUGCUGAUUGUCUUCAACAGUGUGUUUGUCACUAACGUGUGUGACAUUGAAAAAAACACAUCAUGCAAUAAAACUGUUAUCAAAAAAACGU